AAAUCGCUCGGCAUCAGGAAAGAGCUGCAUGUAAAGUCUACAAUAGACUACAUGUCGAGAACGACGAACUCUAUAUUUUGUCGAGACCAAACAAAGCUUUCGUGGAUCGAGAGAGAGUAAGCUGCAUUCAGGAACAAGUCGAUACCGAUGGUCGUGUUCUUGUCGGCUGCCACGCUAACUGUGGGACGCGCCUAGCCGCGGAGUGCGUAGCACAGGAAUGAAGCCGUAGUCCAAUUCUGGUAGGGCCUGCAACAGCAAGUACAGACUGAGUAUCGCAGCCUCUUAUCUGUGCGGUUGUGUUCGACUUGCUGUAACUGUCAGUUCACUGAACGAGAUAUUCCCGACAAUCAGUGAUUCUGCUCAAUCUUCUCUUCCCAGCUCCUCUCCCUCCUACUCCUCCUCGUGGUCAUCAUCAACGCCUGUCCCUCUCCUCACCAGGGGUCUUUGCAAUUCGAACUUGAGACAUUGCUUUCUUCUCAACGAGUAACAGCACGACACGGUCAGUUCGAGGCGGGUGUGUGUGUUUGUACUACUAGUUUGUGGACUUCGUUUAGGCGAAGGCAUUUGACCUCGCCCUGACUCGACUGUGUGAGUUCACCGAGGUCCGUGUUCGUCACCUUCCGGCGUGCAGGAAAAGUCUCCGACUGGCUCACCGCAUCUUCAGUGCAGAAGAGCAUCAUUGUGGUGUCUCGCUAGCGCUUUCACCCCUCGUCCGUCGUGAAGGUCUGCGGCCGCUAUGGAUGCGUCCGCUAACAGCCAUGACCUACGUCGCCUGCAGGCCAAAGCGCAGCAGAUCCUCAGCCAGGACGACAACGACUAUUUCAACUAUGUUCUGAAUGAAUACUGGCAGUAUCGUAACGUGGAUGGUUUAGUACUGUGUCUGUUGUCCGUACUGGACACUCCCGUCAAGCUUGAUCUACUCAACGGUGUGCGAGAUAUCAUUGACGAGAAAGAUGUGGAGAGGUUUGACGUGGUUGCACCGUUCAAGAAGAUGGCAAACCCACCGGUGAAGCAGGCCACAUUGCAACGUCGGGAUCAGCUUCGCUCCGGCAAUGCCAGCAGCGCGGGUAAUGCUGUAGGCAGUACAGAUGCAGGUGGUAGUAUGGCGGGCAGUGCAGCUGGGAAUCACAGAGAACAACCAGUGCAGCAGCUACGCCAGGUCACACUGAACAGAAUGAGUGAUAGACAAUCACUUGGAUUCAGUAUCUGCGGUGGUCGGGAGCAUGGUAUGGGAGUGUAUGUGUCAACCCUGGACCCAGGUUCACUGGCCGAACGCAGUGGUCUACGUGUUGGGGAUCGACUACUGGAUGUCAAUGGCAUGAAUUUUGAGCACGUUGCCCACUCUACAGCCGUGAAAGUGUUGAAAAGCCCUGGUCGUAUUGUGCUGUUGGUACGUCCGGCUAAACGUCCCGCUGGGGGUAGUAGGGCUGCACAGCUACGAGUGGAAGAGACGGGUAACAAGAGGAGAUCAAGGUCCAGUCCCCAGAUAUCGGAACGGACAGGCAGUAUUGGUUCUCUGCCAGUUGCAGCCACCGAGCCCCAAGAAAAUGGCAGAGAUUCAGAUUUGGAUGCGCAUGCAUCCCUUCAUGCUCUGAGUGAGCUGCGGAUGGGAGGUGGAUCGAUUGACGUGCGCAAAGUCAAUCUUCCCGUGGAACCAGGCCAUCCGCUGGGCAUCGCUAUACGCGGUGGCAAGGAACAUAGUGUGGGAAUUUUCAUCUCUCAUGUGGAAGACCGAUCACAGGCAGCAAAGCAUGGUCUGCAACUUGGUGACCAGAUUCUGGACGUGAAUGGCGUAAGCUUUCUGGACAUUGGUCACGCAGAUGCUAUCAUGAAGUUGAAACAGAGCCCUCUGCUGAUGAUGACGGUCAAGGCUAUGGGCAGAAUUCCACUUGCUGGUCGCUCUACUGAUGGCCAGCUAAAGUGGAUAGAGCCAGCUGGCAUGGAUCCUGAGCCAGAGGAUCCAAGUCCAGAUGUGAGACAGUCACCCUCUCUCCGCGUCUCGUCCAAACCAUCCACACCAGAGCCUAGUAGACGGCCCGCGCCAACGGACACAAGCACCACACCAGCAAGCAAUAGCACAGACUCACCGAAGAAAGACACCAUGUCGCGUCGUUUCCAGGACAUGCUGAGAGGAACGAAUCGAUCACAGCGAGAGGGCAAUGACGAAGAUGAUGGCGCAUCUCCUAGCAAGAAAUCAUCACGCCAGCGUUCCAUGACACUACCGUCACGACGUUCGCGAUCACUCACCAAGGCUGAUUAUGAAGACGGACAGACGCCUACACGACGUUCACGGUCACGUAGCAAGUCGCAAAGUCGUGAUUCAGAUGAAGAACAUGACGAGGAAGAAGAUCGUGAGAACAUGGAGAAGGUCAGUACGACAAAGAGGAAGAGUGUUGGAGGUCUGUCAGCUGCUCUGGGUGUAGGACAGCGGCUGGUGAGCUCAAUGAGAAAGAAGACAAACAGCAAUGACCCACCACCAGCUCCUGCUCUGCCGAACAAUCAAAUAAAAUCCAGUCCAUUGCUGAGCGGACGACGAGGAUCAGCUGCCGCUCCACCUCUGUCGGCAACCAGUCCAAGUCCCAAGCUGUCACGUCAGGAUGGUGAUGGAAGUGAUGCAUCAGAUACAAAGCCCAAAGAUCUAACUAGACCUGCGCCGCCAUCACAAAUCACUGCCACCACUGCCACUGGUAGUGGAGGCGGUGGCUCGCCAUUCUUCUCACGUGGUCUUGGGUCACAAGUAAUGCUGACGUCUAUGGCAGCGCAGGCAAGCAAACAAGCUCAGACAGUACUGGAAACAUCGUCAGCAAGUUGUAUGACAGAAGCAGAGUGUGGAGCGCUAUGGCUGAACCUAAAGAGGUAUGAGGAAGACCAGAGUAUUGUAGACUUCACCACAGCUCUGCUGCCACUUCUAAACACGUCCAAGAAAGUUGAACUGCUGCGUGAUAUUCGGUCCCUGAUCAAUGUACAGCACAUUCAACAGUUUGAUGAGCUGGUGUCUAAACGUGAGAUGGAGGCUAUGAUGGAGCGUAACAAAACACGGCCAGCAGUAGGGCCCGGAGCAGAAGCAAAAGAAGUGAAGCCAGCGCCCAAGUCACCAGAGCAUGGGCAACUAUUCUCCGCCAUACAGUCUGGCAGACCUCAGCUCAGAAAGGUUCUAUCAAGUCCAGGCCAAAUGGAGGGAUCUCCGUCAGCAUCCAGCAACCGACCGUCGAGAACAAGCGGUGGUGGUGGUGGUGGUGGUGGUGGUGGUGGCAUGUUUCAAAGUUCAGCUGCACAGAAAAUGUUGGAGCGUGGCCGAUCCAUACACGAAGAAGAUGUGGAGCAGAGAGUUCGACGCAAGGACUCUUUCGUUGCUUGGAAUGAUGCUCAUGAAGGUGUACGGAAGAGAGGCUCCUCAAAGAAGAAACAUUCGUUUGCGACAGAGAUCCUGGUAGAGCUGAUGAAGACCAAAUCAAAACUCGGUAUCAGCAUUGAAGGUGGUGUGGACACUAAACAACCUGAAGUGACAAUCUCCUCCAUCAUAGAGGGCGGGCUGGCUGCAGAGGACGGCUUCUUGCAGCCUGGAUUCGAGAUCAAAGCAGUCGAUGGCAUUGCUGUGAAGGGCUGCACACAUGCUGACGCAGUGCAGCGUAUUAGCGAAGCCUUUGCCAGCGAAAGCGAUAUCUUGGAACUCUUGGUCGUACCGGAGGUUGACUAAGCACCUGACACUGGCCGGUCCCGGGCUGCACAGUGCAGCAUGGCAUACUCAUACCAUUUGCAAAACGAUGGCAUUACUUGACGGAGAACUCCUAUACACGACGUGUGUGACCAGUGUCGUAGCGUCUGACUCAGAUCCACCUCAUCUGAAUGUAUCCUGAUCCUGAUAAGCAUGAGAGUAAGAUUUGAUCUGAAUUUGACAUGCAUGCCCAGCAACCCUAGUCUCAUUCUUAUAGCACCACAUUACACUAGUACUUUGAGUGGAUCUAGAUCUUGCCUGUCGUGAUAAUCUGCUUUGGGGGAACUCCCUAAAAGAUUGCCUGCGCCCGGUACCAACAUGCUGUUGCUUAUCCGUGACUUAUAAGAUGGUGAGCUUUGAAUGCGUUUCUGCACAGCUUGAAUUAGCACACGUUCCCGUAGGAGCGACUUGAUAAUUUCUAGCACAAUGAAAGUAAUGAUAUCUGGCAUACUGCUGCUGCUGCUGCUGUUGUCAUACUGAACAUGAUUUCAUGAAUUACACGUAGCACUGAAA